CAGCGGCGGCGUUUCCAGCUCAGCGCUCUGCGCGGGUUCCGUACGGGAGGGUCAUCGCUUGUGAGGAGGCUUCAGAAUUCCUGCGGCUCCCCGGCCGGGUCCGAGCCAGUCCGCCGACCUUCCGGUGCAGGCGGGAGAGCCGCAGCUCCGCCUGCGCGGCCGGCCGGGGAGCCGGGGCCGAGCGAAAGGGGCGCGGGGGAGAGGGCGCCCGAGGGCCAUGGCCACACCUCCAAGGCUGGGGCCCGCGUCCCUGCGCUUCGCCGCUGCAGCCAGCUGGCUGGUCGUCCGCCGGCGCCGCGUGGAGCACUUCCCGAGAGUGGUAGAGUUUCUGCAGUCCUUGCGUGCUGCCGCCCCCGGCUUGGUUUGCUUCCGGCAUCAUGAACGCCUGUGUAUGGGCCUAAAGGCCAAGGUGGUGGUGGAGUUGAUCCUGCAGGAGCGACCCUGGGCACAGGUCCUGAAUGCCCUCAACUAUCAUUUCAAAGAGUGCAGACCAGUGGAACCUACAGCUACAAAGCAAGAUAGGAAGGUUUUGGAGGCACAGAAAAAUUUUUGCCUGCUUGUGCAGCAGCUGUCAGAGGACCCUGACGACUUGACCUGGAGCCUGCGGGAACUCCAACAAGACUAUGGGGAACCCUUUCUGGUUGCCAUGGAAAAGCUGUUCUUUGAAUACUUGUGUCAGCUGGAAAGAGCACUGCCUGCCGUCAAAGCACAGGAGCUCCAGGAUGCUCUAAGUUGGAUUCAGCCUGGCUGUUUAAUCACUUCUUCCGUUGCUUUGCGCCAGUAUGGUAUGGACAUGGGAUGGCCAUUUCCAGAGAGGGGUGCUUCUGACUCAGUGAAUCUGACAGAACCCAUGGAACAGAGUCUUCCUCAGCAAACCAAACCACUCCCCAGUCCUCCGCCUAAAGCUAAGCUUGACUUUCACCGAGCAGCAUCACAGGAGCACCCAGAACAUUUACCUGGAUACCGCUUUAAUCUGGCCCCUCUGGGAAAGCGGAAAUUCCGGUCACAGUGGACAUCUGCAAAGGGAAGCCAGAAAGAGCGUCCCACGGUCAUGCUGUUCCCCUUUAGGAACAUGGGCUUACCAGCCCAAGACAUAGCUAACCCUAAAAGCAGGGAAGAGCAUGGAAUGGACAAAGCAAGCUCUGCGGGUACAGAAGCAGUGUGCACUGGGAAGUCUAAAAGUCCAUCUCAAACCCUGGGGAAAAGGGCGCUAGAGGACAGCCCACCUGACUCGCCUGCUGCAGAGCAAAAGGAGAACUGUGUGAGUUGCUAUGUGGAUCCUCUAAGACUCUCAUCAUGUCCUAGAGUCAAGAAACCAGUGCAGAGCCCAUUCCUAUGUGGCUCUGUUAUUACCAUAGGGGACUUGGUUUUGGACUCUGAUGAGGAAGAAAAUAACCAGAAGGAAGGAAAGGAGGAGCGUCUAGAUGCCAACCUGUGCAGAAAUCCCAGCAUCUUUUUACCAUCAAUAGGAUCUAUCUUUAUUAAGGUGACUACUGCCCAGUCCUGAAGCUUUGUGCCUUCAGAAAAAAUAAAAAAAAGGACAGAUUGAAAUGUGGGCUAAAACAUCUCCCUGCCCAACUCUUCAUGGACAGUGUGAACAUCCCCCCUUCAGUGCUGUGAAGAAAAUGAAGCCUUGUGGUUUGUCUCUAAUAACCUUCUAAGCAAUAAAACAUGGUUUUAUGUGAUAA